AAGAGGAAAUUGAAAAACAAGGAGAAAAGGAGGGAGUAAGGCAGACCGUGAAAGCAGAGGCUCAAAGCAGAAGGAACACAGAGCAGGAGAAGAAGUGGAACAGAAAAUAACAGAGAGAAAGUCCAAUUCCACUUUGACAAAGGAGCUGUGUGACUGAGAGGUCUUUGCACUGCACGGCUGCUUUCAUUCACAGAAUAACAGCCGACAAAGAAGUGGAGAAAGCUGCAACAGAGAUGUGCUGAGGUUUGAGCCUCCCUCCACAGGCAGGGAGGAAGUGUCCAGAGCGAGCCGGGCAUGGGGGUCCACCCGGUGAGAGGAGGAGCAGGGGAGUACCCACUGAGACGAACCCGCUGCUGGAGCAGUGGAGGAGACAGCCGAGGCAGGUCACAAACCCCCUCACCACGCAGCCGGGACAACCACAGAUGUCCACGGGAGGAGCUCUAACAGCUCUAACGCAGCUUCUCCACGUCCCCGGGUUAGACGGGACACCGCCACACCCCCGGAAGGAGGCUGGGGUUCUGGCCGAUGCGGCAGGUGGGACGGAGGGCCCCGGGGCUGGGCCAGGCUGGCUGGGCUCUGCGGUGGCUGAGGGCACGGGCGUGCAGGCGGGGUGCCCUGCUCGUCGCCCUGCUCUGGCUCCUCACCUGGCUCUUCCUCAGUGGCCUGCUCUUCGUGCACAGGAGCAUGUUCUCUGACUUUUGCACAGACGACAAGAGCAGAAAGAUCCUCCAGAGAGUGUGUGAUGAAUACCAGCAGGGUGUUCUAACAGGUGACCUGUGUGAAGACCUCUGCGUGGGUGGCCAUGUGGAGUACAAGCGCUGCCUCUACUACGAAAACGGCAAAAAGGUCAUGGCGGCCAGCUGGCGAGGCGUGCCCAUCGUCCUCAAGUCCAAGCUAGAGAACUUCUCCUCCUACGAGGCCUUGGCUCUGCUGGAAUAUCAAGACACUGUGGGUGGCGCCGGGAUCGAGGAGGAGCUCUCACCCCUAGAUGUGGUCUUCUAUGCCACCCUAGAGAUUAAGAACUCUCUGGGUCUGGAGGCAGGGACUAACUUGACCCUCCCUCAGUUCUGGAGUGAGAGUCUAAGGGAAAGAGAGCAGGCAUACUCACGGGCUGAACUGGCCUCGCUGUGGGCCCUGCUGCAGCAGGAGGAAUACACCUUCCUCCGUGUAAUGCAGGACCUGACGGACCAUGUGGCCAAAGUGCUGGGUUCCUGUGGCCACUUUUAUGCUGUCGAAUACCUGGCGGCCGGCCAUGCCUGGGACCAGAACAUCUUCCCACUGGAGGAGCUCUCAGUGAGCCUGUCUCAAAGCCCUCGGGGCAAGCCGGAACGGACGCUGACAGAGAUGGACAUGGUGCACCGAGUUGCUCUUAGCUUCUUAGACAUGGUGGGGCACUUUGAGAAUGACUUUUCUCACCACUUACACCUCUGCGAUAUCAAGCCUGAGAAUUUUGCCGUCAGGAAGGACUUAACGGUGGCAGCUAUAGAUGUGGACAUGGCUUUUUUUGAGCCCAAAAUGCAGGACAUUCUUGAACAGAACUGCACCAAUGAUAAUGACUGCAACUUCUUUGACUGCAUCUCCAAAUGUGACACAAGGAGAAACAAGUGUGGAUCAAAACGUAUAAAUAGCAACCUUCAGGUGAUCUGUGAAAAGAUCUUCCGCUCCUGGUUCUCUCCCACACUGCUGGGGGAUAAGGCAGGAUGCCCCCUCCAGGUAGAGCUCCAGCAGGCAGUGCAGGAUUGCGCAGAGACCGAGAACGGGGAGGACACAGAGCACAGCCAGGCAACGUGGUUACGGCUUCAAGGCCUUCUCACUCAGCUCAUCCAGGAAGAGUCUGCCAAUCAGCAGAGUCAAAAACAAGCACGCGGGCCCCAUCAUGUGCAUACAGCACUCAACUUUUGAGUUAACAAUGGUUGACAUUUUGUGUAGCUGGUUUACUUUUCAACUGUGCUAGAACCGUUUAGUUUUACAUUUAAUAACAGUUACAUAAUUAUGGUUAAUACGGCAACAUUUAAUUUUAUUCAUUAGAAUUAAAAGUUUAUUCAAUUAAAUACUGGAUUAUCUAACUUCUAAUGUACAUAAUAAUUUUGUAUAGAAAAGGUAUAUCAGUGAAUUCACAAAAAUGCCAAUAAACCAAUUCCUCAUCA